AUGGCCGCGGCCGUCGCUAUGGAGACAGAUGAUGCUGGAAAUCGACUGCGGUUUCAGUUGGAGUUGGAAUUUGUACAGUGUUUAGCCAACCCAAAUUACCUUAACUUUCUUGCCCAAAGAGGUUACUUCAAAGAUAAAGCUUUUGUUAAUUAUCUUAAGUACUUGCUUUACUGGAAAGAACCAGAAUAUGCCAAGUAUCUAAAGUACCCUCAGUGUUUACACAUGUUAGAACUGCUCCAGUAUGAACACUUCCGCAAGGAGCUGGUGAAUGCUCAGUGUGCGAAAUUUAUUGAUGAGCAGCAAAUUCUGCAUUGGCAGCACUAUUCCCGGAAGCGGAUGCGCCUUCAGCAAGCCCUGGCGGAGCAGCAACAGCAGAAUAACACAUCAGGAAAAUAA